CCCCGCCCCGCCCCGCCCCUCCCGCGCGCCUGGACCCCGAGCGGGCUUUGGGCCUUGCACUGGGCUCUGAGUCCCAGGCCUUCUACGGGCGACUGCGGGUACGACCCUCGGCCUCGGGCAGCCAUGGACUCGAAGGGGCUGAAGACAUUGAUUAAUUACUAUUGUCAAGAACGGUAUUUCCAUCAUGUGUUACUUGUUGCCAGUGAAGGAAUGAAGAGGUAUGGCAAUGAUCCAGUCUUCAGGUUUUAUCAUGCCUAUGGUACAUUAAUGGAAGGUAAAAUUCAAGAAGCUCUUCGGGAAUUUGAGGCUAUUAAAAAUAAACAAGAUAUAUCACUAUGUUCUCUGAUUGCAGUGAUAUAUGCUCAUAAAAUGAGUCCUAAUCCAGAUAGAGAAGCUAUUCUGGAAUCAGAUGCCAGAGUGAAGGAACAACGUAAAGGAGCUGAUCAGAAAGCUUUAUACCAUGCGGGCUUGUUUUUAUGGCACCUUGGCCGUCAUGAUAAGGCGAGAGAAUACAUUGAAAGAGUGAUAAAGAUGCCUAAUAAUAGCAACGAGGGACAAAUUUUGAAAGCAUGGCUUGAUAUUACAAGAGGAAAAGAACCUUAUGCUAAAAAAGCGCUACGGUGCUUUGAAGAGGGAUUACAGGAUGGAAAGGAUAUUUUUGCUCUGCUUGGUAAGGCACAGUGCCUUGAGAUGCGCCAGAAUUAUUCAGGUGCUUUGGAAGCUGUGAACCAGAUAAUUGUGAACUUUCCAAGCUUCCUUCCUGCUUUUAUAAAGAAAAUGAAAUUACAACUAGCCUUGCAAGAUUGGGACCAGAUGGUUGAGACAGCACAAAGAUUGCUGUUUCAAGAUAAUCAAAAUGUGGAAGCACUGAGAAUGCUGGCUCUUUACUGUCUGUGCAGGGAAGGGAAUGUAGAAAAGGCUACCACCAAGCUGGAAAACUUAGGAAAUGCAUUGGAUGUCAUGGAACCACAGAAUGCUCAACUUUUUUAUAAGAUUACAAUAGCCUUCAGCAGAACUUGUGGACGUAAUCAACUUAUUCUUCAAAAACUUCAAACACUGCUAGAAAAGGCUUUUAGAUUAACUCCUCAGCAAUCAGAAUUUGCUGCAGAAAUUGGAUACCAAAUGAUUUUACAAGGAAAAGUUAAAGAAGCAUUGACAUGGUAUCAGACUGCCAUGACGCUCGAUAACACCAGUAUCUCUGCACUUGUUGGAUUCAUCCGAUGUCAGUUAAUGGAUGGGCAGUUACAGGAGGCAGAUCAGCAGCUAGAAUUCCUCAGUGAAGUUCAGCAGUCCAUGGAGAAAUCCACAGAAUUAAUCUAUUUACAUGCAACUCUUGCUAUGAAGAAAAAUAAACAAGAAGAAGAAGUUAUACACUUAUUAAAUGAUGUAUUAGAUACUCAUUUUUCACACUUAGAAGAUUUACCUCUUGGCAUACAGUAUUUUGAGACAUUAAAUCCGGAUUUCUUGCUAGAAAUUAUUACAGAGUAUUUGAAUUUCUGUCCGAUGCUGCCUGCAAGUCCUGGGCAACCACUUACUCCAUUCCUCAGACGUUGUAUGUUGGUCCUAGAAACCAUAGUGAGAACCGUACCAGGUCUUCUGCAGGCUGUCUUCCUAAUAGCAAAAGUGAAGUAUUUGUCAGGUAAUAUUGAAGCAGCAUAUAGUAACCUGCAGCAUUGCCUGGAUCAUGAUCCCUCUUAUGCAGAUGCUCAUCUCCUGAUGGCUCAGGUUUAUUUGUCUCAAGAAAAAUUCAAAUUGUGUUCUCAGUCUCUUGAAUUUUGCCUGAGCUAUAAUUUUAAUGUGAGAGAAUAUCCUUUAUAUCAUUUAAUAAAAGCUCAGUCACAAAAGAAACUGGGAGAAAUAACAGAAGCAAUUAAGACUCUGCAUAUGGCAAUGAAUUUACCAGGGGUGAGGAGAACUGGAGCUUCUUCAAAAUCAAAAUACAGAAAAACUGAAGUUGACACCAGCCAUCGUUUAUCCAUCUUUCUUGAGUUGGUGGAGGUUCAUCGCUUAAAUGGAGAGCAGCAUGAGGCAGCAAAGGUUUUACAAGAUGCCAUCCAUGAGUUUGCUGGAACAUCUGAAGAAUUACGUGUUACUAUUGCUAAUGCAAACCUAGCUCUGGCCCAAGGAGAUGUAGAGAGGGCUUUAAGCAUUCUUCGAAAUGUUACAGCUGAGCAGGCUUAUUUUAUAGAGGCCAAAGAAAAAAUGGCAGAUAUUUAUCUGAAGCAUAGAAAAGAGAAAAUGUUAUAUAUCACUUGUUACAGGCAAUCACUUACUAUGAAGCUGCUCUGAAAAGUGGACAACAGAAUUAUCUUUGCUAUGAUCUGGCUGAGCUUUUAUUAAAAUUGAAAUUGGAUGAAAAAGCAGAAAAAGUUCUUCAACAUGCACUAGCUCAUGAACCUGUAAAUGAACUGUCGGCUCUCAUGGAGGAUGGACGGUCUCAAGUUCUUCUGGCAAAGGUUUAUAGUAAAAUUGGAAGACCUGGAGAAGCAGUCACUUCCCUACAGCAGGCUCGAGAAUUACAAGCUCGGGUACUAAAACGUGUUCAGAUGGAACAGCCAGAUGCAGUUCCUGCACAAAAACAUUUAGCAGCUGAAAUUUGUGCAGAGAUUGCAAAACAUUCUGUUGCUCAGCAAGACUAUGAAAAAGCAAUUAUGUUUUAUAGAGAGGCUCUGGUUCAUUGUGAAACAGAUAAUAAGAUAAUGUUGGAAUUGGCACGAUUAUACCUGGCCCAAGGUGACCCCGAUGCCUGCCUGCGGCACUGUGUGAUGCUUCUCCAGAAUGACCAGGACAACGAGUCUGCCACCAUGAUGAUGGCUGAUAUCAUGUUUAGAAAACAAGACUAUGAACAAGCAGUGUUUCACUUACAACAACUUUUAGAGCGCAAACCAGAUAAUUAUAUGACUUUAUCUCGGUUGAUUGAUCUCCUAAGAAGAUGUGGAAAAUUCGACGACAUUCCAAGAUUUUUUGUAAUGGCUGAGAAACAUAACUCCAGAGCAAAGCUGGAGCCAGGAUUUCAGUACUGUAAAGGACUAUAUCUUUGGUAUACUGGAGAACCAAAUGACGCCCUUCGACAUUUUAAUAAAGCUCGGAAAGACAGUGAAUGGGGCCAAAAUGCUCUUUAUAAUAUGAUAGAAAUCUGUUUGAAUCCAGACAAUGAAACUAUUGGAGGUGAAGUGUUUGAAAACCUGGAUGGAGACCUGGGUAAUUCAACUGAGAAGCAAGAGUCUGUGCAAUUAGCAGUAAGAACCGCAGAAAAACUCCUUAAAGAACUAAAACCUCAGACUCUUCAGGGUCAUGUACAGGUUCGCAUAAUGGAAAACUAUUGCUUAAUGGCUACGAAACAGAAACCUAAUGUUGAGCAAGCAUUAAAUACCUUCACCGAAGUAGCAAAAUCUGAGAAUGAUCAUAUCCCAGCACUCUUGGGAAUGGCAACAGCUUAUAUGAUCUUGAAACAGAUACCAAAAGCUAGAAAUCAGCUGAAACGGAUUACAAAAAUGAAUUGGAAUGCUAUUGAUGCUGAAGACUUUGAGAAGAGUUGGCUGCUACUUGCUGACAUUUAUAUUCAGUCAGCAAAAUAUGACAUGGCAGAAGACCUAUUAAGACAAUGCCUGCGUCAUAAUAGAUCUUGCUGCAAAGCUUAUGAAUACAUGGGAUACAUCAUGGAGAAAGAGCAAGCAUAUUCAGAUGCUGCCUCAAACUAUGAAAGGGCAUGGAAAUACGGCAAUCAGACAAAUCCAGCAGUAGGAUACAGACUGGCAUUUAAUUACUUAAAAGCAAAAAGAUACGUGGAUGCAAUUGACAUAUGUCACCAGGUUCUUGAAACACAUCCAACUUAUCCAAAAAUCAGAAAAGAUAUACUUGAUAAGGCCCGUGCAUCUUUAAGACCUUGAAAAUAAUGAUUUUAAUCUACUUUAUUGGCUAAACAGGAAAUAAAGAAAUCAACUUUGAGUACUUCCAGUUCAAGAUAAGUUUGAGCUAAUCCUUUGUAAUAGAGUGUAUUUCUCUUUCUCCAGCAGAGGCUGCUGCUGUAUGUGGAAAGAUACUAUGUUAAAUUGGCAUUUUCUAGUGGAGAAGUUAAAUGAGAAUUAGUCUUUUUGAUUAGAUGCAAAUUUAGUAGCUCUGUAGCAAAACUAUCUCAUUUCUGUAAAGAACAUUUUUGUUAAAAUCUAAAUAAUAUAUUUUUUCUAAAGAAUAUUAAUCAUUUCUUAUGUAAACUGCAUUGUUCCGUGUUGUUUGUUAUAUUCCAGUAAUAUUUUAAAGGCUUAAUUUAUGAAAAAA